GCCGUGGAUCCAUCUCGCCGAAGUCGUCCUCCGAUAUAAGUGCGAUUGUGAUUAAUUUCUGUAUUCUCGAUCUUCCCUUGUAUCAUUGACACGAGUGCAUAAAACGCGACUAUAAACAAUGGCUGAUCAGCAAGAGAACAAGGACUUCAGUGAUGACGUAGCGGAGCAAAAUUUUGAGAAGAACGGCGAGGCUGAGAGUGGUACCGGCGGUGGCGGCGGGGACGCCGUGGAGAAUGGCCAGGAUUCACAGGAGGACAGAAAAUUAUUUGUCGGUGGCUUGAGCUGGGAAACUACUGACAAGGAAUUAAGGGAACAUUUUAGCACUUAUGGUGACAUUGAGAGUAUUAAUGUUAAAACAGAUCCUAACACAGGAAGAUCGAGAGGUUUUGCCUUCAUUGUUUUUGCAAAGGCCGAAGCUCUCGAUAAGAUUAUGUCAGCUGGCGAUCAUGUCAUUAACAACAAAAAAGUUGACCCCAAGAAAGCGAAAGCUAGGCAUGGAAAGAUCUUCGUCGGUGGUCUUUCAACGGAAUUGUCUGAUGACGACAUCAAGAACUUCUUCUCACAAUUUGGAAACAUUGUCGAGGUAGAGAUGCCAUUUGAUAAGACAAAGAACCAAAGGAAAGGUUUCUGCUUUAUUACAUUUGAAUCUGAGCAAGUAGUCAACGAACUUCUUAAGACACCCAAACAGACUAUCAAUGGGAAAGCUGUGGAUGUAAAAAAGGCAACACCUAAAUUGGAUGGAAUGGGUGGAAUGCGUGGCGGAAUGAUGGGUAGAGGAAGAGGAGCUCGUGGCGGUCGAGGUCGCGGAUUCGGAGGACAAGGUGGAUGGGGACAGGGCUACGGAGGCGGUUAUGGCGGUGGCUACGGCCAAGGUGGCUACGGCGGUGGGUACGACGGUUACGGGGGAUACGAUUACUACGGCGGCGGUUACGGAGGUUACGGUGGUUAUGAUUACAGCGGAUAUGGUGAUGGCUAUGGCUAUGGCGGUGGUAAUUACGAAGGUGGCUACGCGGGCGGGCGCGGUGGUGUACGCGGUAAAGGUGGCUCCGGCUAUGGUGGCAAACAAAGAGGAGGUGGUGGUCGCCAAAAUCAGAGGCAUCAGCCGUACUAACGAAAAUCCUCAUUCGCGAACGCUGUGCAAUUCGCGUUGUAACCGCUGGUACUCUUCCUCACUACUACCGAUCUCUUCAUUCGUCCAAUCAUCAUUCCAUUAAGUCGCGCUCCUCCUAGCAAGAAUAUCGACAAUUUUUCAACAAUGUGGACAACUGCUGCUACGAAAUCAAUCACCGAAAACCAUGAGACCGGCGACAGCAGUAGAGAUUUCAUUUUGUAUUUAACUCCGAUUUAUAUUAUUCCGCGAUUAUAUGCUUUCCUUUCUGCCGUUUGUAGUGCGAGCUUAUGUCGUUUUUUCUCCUUUUUAAUAGUAUGUUCACGGUAGAAAAGCAAGCAUAUAAAAUCACCGACAGAUUUUUGAAUGUAAUACCGAACAAAAGUGAAGUAUCCAACAGUAUAACAAUCUUGCAAAAAAAAAGUAACGUUGCCGUAUGAUAGAUAAUGGAAUAAGAAUAGUUGUAUAAAGAUACAAUGUAAGCACGACAACACGUGCCUCGUCAGAAAAAUGCGUCGUUAUUGAGGAAUUGCGCAUCCAGAAUUAUUCCCAUUUAUAUAAACCUAGUACCUUAUCCCAUUACACUUAGAGAUCGGGAAGUUUAUUUUUGUGAUGAUGAAACAAUUAAUUUGUCGAACGAAUCUGCAGUAUUUUAUUGACACGGAUAGAAAUAUUAACUUUUUGUUAUCUGAGAAAUAACAAAUUAGAACCGAUUUUUAUUGGAUAUUAAACAAUUAAAUUAAAAAAAAAA